CCAGGGCCGCUCAGGCCCCCGAGGCCCCGUCCGUCCACCCGGCCAGGCGCAACACCCCUGGAAACAGCAGGGAGUGGUAUUUCCCGGAAGUGACUUCACGACCUCGCGCGGCGGCUUCGGGUCCUCCCGGAAGUGGCGGGCGGAGGACGAGCCUCCCGUGGCUGUGGAGGGCGUCGUGACCCCGGUGCGAAGCGCCGCAGCGACCAUGGGCCGCGAGUUUGGACAUCUGACACGGAUGCGGCAUGUGAUCACCUACAGCUUGUCGCCAUUCGAGCAGCGCGCCUUCCCGCACUACUUCAGCAGGGGCAUCCCCAACAUGCUGCGCCGCACUCGGGCAUGCAUCCUUCGGGUCGCACCCCCAUUUGUAGCAUUUUAUCUCCUCUACACAUGGGGAACCGAGGAGUUUGAGAAAUCCAAGAGGAAGAACCCAGCUGCAUAUGAAAAUGACAAAUGAGCAACUCACCUGGAUAAUGGUUCCCUGUCUCUGGAAGACCCUUCUCUGGAAAGGAGUCUACAUUAUAGUGCACUGAAAACACAAUAAACUGUGGGCUGCACUGUU